CCUUGUCUAGCCGAUGCCAAUCUAUUGAUAUCCUAUCACUUCGCGAAUCCGUAACUACGUAUUAAGUAUUUAUUUAAUACUGUGACUACUCGGUUAUCUGUGAAAGUUUAUCUCGACUGGGUGUAGUGGAAGAUAUCCGUCGUUAUUGUGUCAAUGACAUUAUACAAAUAGGCAAUAGCCAAUAAGCAUUUGAUCACCUACAAUGACCGAAGCCAAACGGAGGAAAAUGUCCUGCACAAAUCCCCCUUCCUCAAAUGACGCGGUCAACGGCCUAAUAUAAUGCGUAAACACCAUAUUAAUACCUAUUUGUUUAUUUUUCAAAUACCUAUUUGUGGCGAUUUUACGACGAUUCUGUUAACAGACAACAGUCAUUUCAGUUCACAGCAGACCAGUUCACGACUCACAUUUCACUUCGAAGCUCCGUUUUUGAAACUCCACUUGUUGAAUGUCACAACCCAGUGCACCGCAUAACGCAUAUUAAUUUAAUAAUCAGUACAUAAUAUUUUAACUGUUUUCAAUUUGUUUUUGACUAUUUUGAUAAUCUUUAAAACUAAAAUGGACGACGAGAAUAAAGAUCCAUCAAACAUUGGUGUUGUCAAUAAAAAUACACCAGUAAAGGUUGUGGGUAACCAUAAAAAGGAAAUGUUAAUAGAUUUGCUCAAAAGCAAAACUAAAAAUGAAGCCGACCUCAGAUUUACAAAACUAAUAGAAGUAUUAUCACAAGAAACUGGAAUUGGCGUCAAAACAGUUAGAAAAAUUCUGAAUGAAUAUUACAGGAAUGGACAACCAUUAACACCAAGAAAAAGAAAAUUUCAACCAACAAUAAAUAAAACAAUAAACAGUGCCGAUAAAUGUACAAUUCGCCGAAAAAUUCAUAGUUUUUGGGUUAGACAUACAGUACCAACUUCAAAAAAUAUACUAGCCGCCAUCAACGCUGAACCCAAAAUUCCAUCACUAAACUGUAACUCAUUAAAAGUAGUAUUAAAAGAUCUAAAUUUCGAAUACACGAGAUGUGGCAAUAAGUCUGUUCUUACGGAAACGGAAGAUAUCGUACUAUGGCGUCGAAAGUAUGUAGAAGAUAUACAGCGUUACCGAGUUGAAGGUAGGACAAUUUAUUAUUUGGUAGAGACGUGGCUCAACGUCGAGCCAUAUUCAUCCGAACAAUUAUGUACCAACAAAGAACCUUCGGGUGAGAGCAGACGGUUGACCGUCGUGCAUAUUGGAUCAGCCAAUGGUUUCGUAAAAGGCGGUCUGCUGUGCUACGAGUCGAAAACAAAUACGUCCAACUACCCUGACCACAUCUAUGGUGACAUAUUUUACAGCUGGUUUCGCCGUGUAUUGCCUCUACUCGACGAGCACUCCGUCAUUGUUUUGGACACCUCUUCAUACUAUUCGGUAGGAAAUAACGUGCCAUCCAUGUCCUGGAAAAAAAAUAGUAUUUUACAAUGGUUCGAGAGUAAAGGCAUAGUGUUCGAUAGGCCAAUAGUGAAGUGUCAAUUAAUUGAAAAAGUUAAAGAGAUAAGAAUUGUCUUUGACAUCUAUAGAAGAAGUGUGCAAGAGGCAAUUAAUCACAACAAAGCAGUUCUACGUUUACCUCCGUACCACUUCGAAUUAAAUCCAAUUCGAAUGGCAUGGUCGAUUCCAUUCAAACACGUGAAAACGAAAGACUGCUCAAAUUGUAAUCUGGACGAUGUAUGUAAAAUACUUAAUGAUGGUGCUGAUCUAGCAACGCCCGAGAAGUUGGCCGCUUACUUCAAUUAUUCAAUCGUAGAAGAAGAAAAUCUUUGGAAACUCGAUUUCAUUAUCGACAACAUAUUGGAAGAAGCUGCAACUUCAUCGCACAUAGAGACGAUAAGCUUAGUUACGUCUUCCGAAGCAUCAGAUUCUGGUAAUGAAUGAUUUGCGUUGAUCACGCCUACUUAGAAUCGCAAUACUUUUUUAUAUGUAUAUAAUAGCUGAUAUGUUGAUUUUUUUGGCAUGUUUAUUAUUUAUCUGUAUCGUUUCUAAUAGAUAUGAAUUAAUUAUUAGAAUUUUUGAUCAGAAUUUUACUAUAUACAGCCAUGUAUAGAAAAUAUGUUAGGUAAUAUUAUUAAGGUACAUUAUUUUUGAUAUUGUUUUGUAUUUUGUUUAUGACGAACGUCGUGAAAACGACUACCUAGCUUAUGACGUU